AUGGCAAACGACGACGUUGGCUGGCAAAAGAACAAAUGCCUUAGGAACGAGAGUGACUGCCAUAUCAAAGCCAGCUGUGAACCUAUUCAUGGUAGCAACUACACCUGCACGUGUAAUGAAUACUAUUUUGGCAAUGGGUUCGACUGCAAAGAUGCCUGUGAGCUGAACACUUGCUUCCCUGGAGUUGCAUGCAAUGUUACCUUCAACGAGACUUUGUUCAUUUGUGGUCCUUGCCCUUUCGGGUACAGUGGCAAUGGUAGCUAUUGCAUAAAAUUAGAGUGUCCAACAGGAUUUGCAGGUGAUGGUGUGACCUGCGGCCCUGACAGCGACCUGGACGGCUUCCCCAACAUGGACCUGCCUUGCGUCGAUCCUCAGUGUCGUCGGGACAACUGCCCAGUGGUACCCAACGCGGACCAGGGAAACGAAAAUUGCCCGCUAGUGUAUAAUCCCAGCCAAAGUGACAUCGACGCAGACGGCUUCGGCGAUGACUGCGACAACUGCCCCAACCACGCUAACCAGACCCAGUCCGAUGCUGACGGUGACGGGAUCGGCGACCCCUGUGAUGCCGACGCGGAUGAUGAUGGCGUGAUGAACGACGUCGACAACUGCGUCGAAGUGGCCAACAGCGACCAACUGGACCUCGACGGCGAUGGCGUGGGCGACGCGUGCGACAACUGCCCCCAAGACGCCAACGGUGACCAGGUCGACAGCAACGCAAACCUUUUCGGAGACGCCUGCGAUAAUGGCGUUGACUCAGAUGCAGACUCCAUCUUAGACACGCUGGACAACUGCCCCGCCUUUCCCAACAGCGACCAGGGCGACGUCGACGCGGACGGAGUCGGCGACGUGUGCGAUGACGACGCUGACAACGACGGAGGGGACGUCAACGAAGACGGCGUGGGGGACGCGUGUUCGCAGGAUUAUGACGGGGAUGGACAUGUGGACGCCACAGACAAAUGUCCGAAGAGUGGAGCUCUUUGGCAUGAGAGCUUGGGGACAUUACAAGUAGUUCAGCUGUAUUCUUACAACAAUCCAAAGUGGACAUUCUCUAAGGACGGUUUGCAAAGCUACGAGAGCGAGGACUCCGACCCGACGACGGCUCUUGGAAACGUCAGUGUUAGCAGCGUCGAUCUGGAGGUAACAAUAUAUGUGGAUAACGAUUUCGGUGACGAUUUUAUCGGAUUUACCUUUAGUUUCCGCGACCACUCCUCCUUCUACGUGAUAAUGUGGCGGCAGGACACGGAAUCCGGCUUCUCCACUUCUUCGAGCAGGGGGAUCUUCCUGAAGGGGGUGGACAGCGCGCAAGGACCCGGAACUACCCUAAGGAGAGAUUUGUGGUCUGACGAUUCCAGUGGGGAAACCAUAGUGCUGUGGAAAAAUCGCUUCCCUUGGUCCAGGAAGCUGUCGUAUCGCCUCAGAGUCCUGCACCGGCCGCUGAUCGGGGCCAUGCGAGUGUAUCUCAGUUCCGGAAAGACUUUGUUGCUUGAUUCUGGCAACAUUUAUGACGGUCGUUUGACUGGCGGAAGGUUCGGGCCAUUUUGCUUCUCUCAAGGAAAAGUCAUGUGGGCGAAUCUGCAGUACAAGUGUAAUGACAAGAUCCCUCAAAAGAUGUAUGACGACCUGUCUACGUCGUUACAAGCGAUCGCCGAGGUAGAGGACGACCCCAUGUACCCUUUGUGCUGGAAUUGCCAUUAUUACGCUGACUGCAACAUCGUCGGUUCCUCUCACACGUGCACAUGCAAACCAGGAUACACUGGAGACGGAAAAAGCUGUAUCAACCCUUGCCAGCACACGGUGUGUCCUGAGGGAAGCUUCUGCAACCAUACCUUUACCGGGAGCUUCUACACUUGCACCAAAUACCCAGCGUGGUUGGUUGAGUCCCCGUGUCCAGAAGGUCAAGCCGGGAAUGGCACCUUCUGUGGUCUCGACAGUGACAGAGACGGAUACCCUGACGUGGCUCUGGAGUGCGUCGACCAACGCUGCGCUCAAGACAACUGCGUCUACGUUUAUAACCCGGACCAGCUCGACGCCGACGGUGACUACGUGGGCGACGCCUGCGAUCUCGACAUAGACGGAGACGGGAGGAACACGAGAUUCGACAACUGCCCUUUGGUCAUCAACUUCAGCCAGGCAGACUUCGAUGACGAUGACCACGGAGAUGCAUGUGAUAACUGCUACGACGUCCCAAACCCGAGCCAGCGUGACAGAAUCCUCAAUGCCAAUGACAACUGCAUCAGCGUUAGUAACCCUGAUCAAAUGGACUCCGACGGGGACGGCGUUGGCAACGCUUGUGACAACUGCCUUCAAAUACUUAACCCUCUUCAAAAUGACACCGAUGAAGACUUUGUUGGGGAUGAAUGUGACACCAAUAUUGACACUGACAGCGAUGGUGUUCAGGAUGAUUUAGACAACUGCCCGAACGUUGCCAAUGCUGACCAGCUUAACUACGACGGCGACGCAGCUGGCGACGCGUGUGACGACGACGCCGAUGGAGACGGCGUCCUCAAUGGCGUCGACAGGUGUCCUCUCGUCCACGACCCGGACCAGCUUGACACGGACGGCGACGGCGUCGGAGACAUCUGCGAAAACGACUACGACCAGGACGGCGUCCGAGACGCUCUCGAUAACUGCCCCAAAAACAACGGGAUUUUCACCACGGAGUUUGUGAACGUGACUGUCGUCCUGCUCUCAACUCAAGUAGAAUUCCCUAAAUACCACUUCCUGCCCUCGAGAACCGGCUUCUUUCUGCGGCCUUCAUAUGAAACCUCUCUUGCUAUAGGUAGUAUUAGGUUUGGCGGCGUCGACUUCCAGGGAACGUUCAUUGUCGAAGCAACAGACGACGAUUUCGUCGGAUUCGUCUUCAGCUAUCAAGAUUUCGGCAAGAGUUACCUCGUGAACAUGAAGAAAGGCUAUCAGACAUACAACGUUGGCGAGGUAAAGGCAGGGACGCAGCUCAAGCUCGUGAAUUCUAUGACCAGCACAAAGGGAGAUGAGCGCGGUAUUGAGAACGCUCUGUACAACACCGUCAGCAUUCCGGACGAGACUACCCUGCUUUGGUUCGACAGCAACGCCAUCUGGGAGCCGAACGUACACUACAACUUCCGAGUGUCCCAUCGGCCGGACAUCGGGCUCAUAAGGGUCUACAUUACAGAAAACGGGAAACUGGUGACUGAUUCCGGAAACAUUUACAACGACGAACUGAAGGGAGGUCGCCUAGGCGUAUCGACCACAGACGAGUAUCGGAUUACGUGGGUUAAUCUGAAAUACAGUUGCAAUGAGAAAGUGUCUCAGGAGAUAUACGAUGACCUGCCUCAAGCAUUAAAGGACCAAGUGGAGAUUGAAACCACACCCUAAAAUACACGGACCCAGAAAGCCGGAAAGACAACUGAUUUACCCCCAUCGAUCAACUAUUUGUCAACUCUAACUCUCGAAAGAAGUUUCAGAUGAAACAGGAAUACCCAUUCUUUCAAUAUUUUUUUUUUCUAGACUUAUCAUGGUAGAUUCACAGUUAUUCGUUGUUUAAACUGGGAGUUUCAUUAAUAUGUUUAUGUUCACAUUUUGUUUGAAGAGAAACAAACAUUCAAAAUAAAUAAAUAAUACUACAGCACUUCGGAAGAAAUUG